AGUUUUUCCGGUAAGAAAUUGUGUCAGGACAAAAAUUGUAUUCGCCAAAUGAAAACAACAGGAUUUGUGGUUACCCUUACACCUUUUAUUUCAAGUGAACUGGAAUUCAGUCUACACCAGGCUUUAAAAUGCAAAGAGAUGAUGCUUUGAUGACUUGAUUUUACCGAUCCAGUCAUUGUUUUGGUCAACUAAUAACUCAUGGAUCCAGGACAAACUUCACAUUCUCACUCAACAUCUACUACAAUAAAGACUACUCCAAGCAUCGUCAAUGGAGGACCAAUCAUACAAGAGUCUCAAGAGUCUGCAGAGUACCAGAAGGCCUUACAGACUGUGGUUGGCACUGCCCUUGGCGUCAUUUUCUUAGUGGGAAUUAUCGCCUUGAUUUUCCUUCUGUACAGGCUUCGUCAUCAAAGGCGGCGCCCUCGUUUAGUGAAUGGGACAACACAGCAUUCUCCCAGUAUCAACAGAUCAGUCAGCAUAGAUGCAGGAGGCAAACCAGUCCCUUCCGUGCUUGUCCUGUAUGCUUUUGACUGUGCUGUGCAUGAGGCGGUUGUGGUGGCCCUGUCAGGCCUUUUGAUGGAGGCCUGUGGCGUUACAGUGUGCCUAGAUGUUUUUGAAGAAGCAUCUAUUAUGGAGCAAGGCCUGGAAGAUUGGCUGGGGGAUCGAUUACAAGAAGCUGAUUUUAUCAUAGUUGUGUGCUCUUUGGGUGCUCGACUGCGCUGCAGCAAGAAGCGGGUUCGAUUCCGUACAGAACAGAAUCGCACGAUUCCAGACUACUUUGCUGUUGCAGUGGAUUAUGUAGCAGAAAAACUCCGGGCAGAGCGAAGCAAAGGGAUGGACAUUGGCAAGUUCAUAGCUGUUGUGAUGGAUUAUUCUCGUCUGAGUGAUAUCCCACCUCAACUAGAGGCUGCCAAAACAUUCACUUUGAUGGGUGGCUUUUAUGCUCUGUGUUCACACCUGGCAUCCAUGUUACCUCACAAAGUUCAGCUUCUGGAAGAAAGGGGACCGGAUGUGAAUGCAUGGCAGCAGACGGAAGCUGGGCAGGAACUUUGGGCAGCCCUGGGUCAAGCACGAGACUUUUUUCAGGUUAAUCCUAACUGGCUGGAGGACAGACUGGAACCUCCUCCUCCCAGAGCAAGGACAAAAACACGGCACCGGCGUCGGCACCAUGAUGGCGAGUCUCAUGAACAGCCCCUCCUGCCCAAGGACAGCUUUUCCACUCAGGACAUGGCUGACCUGAACCUCAGCACAGGAGAUGACGCUGCUUUGCAGGGUCGUCGCUGGCAGACAGAAGGCCGUAUGUGGUUUGUCAACAGUCGCCCCAACUCCUUACCCUCUUCUUUGACCAGCAGCCAGCCGUCCGCUGCUCACACUUUGCAGGGGGUGUCCCGCAGUGUAGAUAGCUUUCCCGUAGCUGUUGGUCUGGACCUGGAUGGUCAGGACAGACCAUCCUGCCUUGCUUGUCGGUACCAUCAGCAAGGAUGGGCAGUAUCAUCUGGGCACAGACCGCCGUGUCCUGUGCACACCUGCUCUCAACAGCAAGCCAGCAUCCUCUUGACUGACACUGAUGGAGAAACAGACAUAGAACUAGGAGUGGAGGUGUCCCCUGAACAGCGUUGCUCCCGCAGUAAGUCUUUACCUGCUGUAGGAGAAGCAGUUCGAACAUCUCCUUCAUACUGCCCUCACCUUUCAUCUUCUCAGACCUUGGGUGAGGGUUGGCCGAGCAUUCAUCUUGGGAGCUCACGGACAGUGCUGCAAGCAGAAGUUCAUAAGGAGUGGGGAGUCAACAAAGAUGUCGAGGCUCACAAAGAGAAUGCCACAAAGACUAAAGAGACAGAAAAGGAAAUGGGAGACCCUGAGGCUCCUUGGAAACAGCAAAGCCAGCCUCUGAAAGGCCUUGAGAUAGACAUUAUUGAGGAGGAUGGGCCAAAGGAGUGGAGAUCAGACACUAAAGUCAGUGGCAGAGCCUCACCAUCCUCUCUGUCAUCAGUGUCAACUAUUUCGUCAGGCUCAGCUGGAAACACUGGCUCUGAUUCUCUGGAGAGGGACCUCCUAUCGCUGACGAUGCCACGCAUAUUUGAUCAUGGUGCGGACCACAGAACAUUCUCCCUUCCUGUAGGGUCUGCUCUGGGGGCUCCUCCACGGAGUUUUUCAUUCUCUGCUCCUGUGUCGAGCCCUACUUCCUUGGUGAAGCCAGCACCCUGCCUGACUCCUCUUCAUGUGGUCCCACCACCUGACUUAACAAAUCUCUCUUUUGGUACCUACCUACAGUGUGAUUUAGGUCUUUCAGAUGUGCAGUCCUUAAAAGAGGAUGUCCUUUAGUGAAUGCUGUAGACAUACCCGCGUAGACUGCCAAGCAGCAGGUUAUGCAGUUUUGUGGUGCUCUUUGCAAGCUCAAAAUCCAUAUUAAAUGGAUGUUUUGUAAGAAUGAGCUAUUGUGCAAUCAAUCUGUUUGAAUUCUGGCCCUCCUGUUGGCUAGAAAGCUGUUAGAUGAUGCCCAGCAUGUUACAGAAAUUGUCUAAAAAUAUAAUGGAGGUGACUUCGAUCAAUUGUUAAAACUUGUUUGAAUUUUUUGUUUGUUUGUGUUUUUUUUUUAAAGAAAGAAAACCUACCGGCUGUCUGUGAUGCUAAGUGUUUCUGUAUCAAUAAAUCACUAAGUUUUAUAUAUGGUGCUGCCUUGAAGCAUGUUUGAUGUUGAGAGUAUAUUCCUUUAUAUGGAGUGUGGGGAAGUGUCUCUGUUUUUGUAAUGUCUUGAAAAUAGUUUACAUUUGACUUCAUGUGAUAUUUUUUUUAAUAUUAUGUGUAUUCUGUGGUUUAUAAAUGGAAAUUUAAAAGGUUUUGAGGCUUCAUGUUACAAUAAUUAAUCUGUGUCUCUGAAAUGUUAUAUUGCACCCUACCCCAUGAAGCUGACUGUCUAUAAAAGUUUAAGCUUUUUUGUGAACUUGAAGGCUUCAGAUUAUGAAAUGGCUAUUAAUGACAGACAUGAAGUUAUCUUUUUUUUCUACAGGUACUUGGAUUUCAAUAUAUUUUUUAAAUAAUGCCUUGAAUCCUGUAUCUUCUCAUUGUAAAAUAAGGGGAAAGGCUGUUAUGAAUGCUGUGAAAAAAAUUUCAAGAUAAAGAGAAAAUGACAAGAGGGUUGGAUGGCACAUCCAUCUGAAGAACAAUCAAGUCUUCCCUUUACAAAUGAAAUUGCAGAACUUGUGGAAUCCCAGCUCACAUGCAAAUUUAGAUUUUUAGGGUGCUUUUUUUUGUUAGGGGUGAGGGUCAAAAAUGAUGAAUUGGUGAGCUUACAAAGGUUAUCGUAUACAGAAAAUUUCAAAGGUAUUUUUUCUUAUCUUUCUUGAAUGUUACAAGUGAUUAAGCACGUUCAAGCAUGUGCUAUUUACUGAUUUUUUGUGAACUAUUUUGCAGCAACAAGUAUGCUGUAGGCAGAGCUCAAAUACAAAUAUUGUUUAGUACAUGCUGUACAUUGCGGUUGUUAUUUGUCACAUCCAGUGGCCACUGUCCAAGCAUAUCAUAAGUAGUGACCUUGUACUGUAAUUUGCUACACCUGCUGCCACAAAUUUUCUGUUAACUACGGUCACAAAUAUCUUGAUUCUUCCAGAGUAUUAGAUUUGAAAAGGUGUGCUGUAUUAAUACAUUAUCAUGUUUAUUAUACCUGAUUAGCAUAGCAUUUAUGAUACAUUGCUAUUAUUAUUUUUACUAUACUUCAAAAGCAUAGCUAGUUGCCACAUAAAACAAAACACAAAAAAAAAACCACCAACACAAAGGGCACUACUGGGAGUGCACAUAAAGAUGAAUAAAUGCAAAACAUUUAAGGCUGCAAAUGUUGAAAAGGCAUGCUUCUGAAAAUACAGUCGUAUGAAUUUGACUGUUCACUGUUAAAGAGAGUAGAAUGUGGCUUGGUCUAGCUUUGCUGGUAAUACUAAUUCAGUUCAGAGGGAUUUAACCCAUACACAUGAUGCCUGGCAGCACAACAGUUAAGCAUUUGUCACCUUUGGAAUGAUAAUUGGCUGUCAAGGAUUCAAAUCUCACCUUGGGUAUGCUGUUCUUUCUCUGUAUGGCUGCUAUAGUUGCUGGUUUGGUCUAAAAUAUCAGCAGCCAUCACUUUCCCCUUUAAUUUUCAGAAAGCACUUUGGAAGUUUUCCCUAAAACUAUUGAUUUAUUGCAUGAUGCUUUUGUUCUUGUUUCAAUGUGCUCAGAAUCAAAAAAUUAAAAAAAUUAUUGCAUCUACUAAAACGUUUUAUUAAAACCCCCCAGAAAAUGGAGGCCUAUAAUAAUAAUGAAUUUUAAUGCAAUAGCAUGUGAAGGGAUAUGUAUACUUUGUAGUUUUUAAAGCAGAAUAAUAGAGUAAAUUAAGGUGUCAACUCGUUGCCUUGCCUAUCCCACCUUUUGCCACACUUUUGGCAUUAUGGAUUUCCACAUAGCUAUGGAUCAUAUUUACCUUCUUUAUGUCGCCACCCUCGCUGCUUGCACAUUUCAGGGUGUAGUGGUUAAAACUGCAGUGGGAAACUCAGGGUUCAGAUCUCGUCUUGGUACAUUCUCUUUAUUGCCACCUGUCCACAGGGCUGGGCGUCGGGGGUUUUCUCUGGAUACGCUGGUUUCCACCUCCUUCCUCUUCCCCAUGGUGCGCAUUCACCUCAAGGUGGAAGCACUUUCCUUCUAAACCAACCAAUCAACCUUCACUACAUUUGUGUUGAAUGAAUGGUGGCAAGAUAAUAAGUUGGAACUGUAUCUACUGAUUUGCUGGGUGUCACUUUUCUUAACAAGCAAUGCAACUUGACAUUAUUAUGGUGCUCACCUUGAGCUAUCAGAUUUUUCUUGUUUAAAGCACCCAUGAACACACACACACAUAUUUUGUUCUCUUUUAAAUGCAAAUAAAGUCCAAAGGAGGAAGAGCUUUAAGGAGCUUGAUGUGUGCACAUAUCCUGUAAACCUAAAGCAUGAAGUCCAUUGUUUGCUGCUCAUAUGCCAAGUUGGCUGUUUUCACAGCCGUUUGAGAGAGAAAUCUACUUUUUUGAAUAUUUAGAUCGCCAUAAACUUAUCACUCAGGACCAAAAGCCCCAAAUGCUCCAUCGGCAUGUAAAUCAUACUGUUUUAGCUCUUAUCUGCCCCUGCUUAGAGUAAGCUAGAAUGGAUAUCCUGGGAUUGGACAGUUACCACUGUGUUCUCUCAUGUUCUCUCUGUCUCUUACAGACACGUGUACACAUCCACACACAGAUAUGCAGAACCACACUCAUGCACAAAGUCUCUAUUCUAGCUAAAUGUUGUAAUCACAGUUAAAUCAGUUUAUUUUUUCAAAUUUUAAGGCCAAACUUGUACCUUAUAGUGAGGACAAAAAAAAAGAUUUGACUCAAGGGAGGCAAGUGAGGAAUACACGUGAUGCUAGCUGCCCUAGUUGCUCUGCUUCACUAAUUCUUCAAUCUGGUUUGAUGAGUACCCUCAUCUUUAUCCACCAAAUCAAAUCCAUUCUUUGUUGUCAGGCAGAAAUUUUGGCAUUUAAAUCUCACCUCUACAGAGUAGCCUGAGGUGAGUUAGCAACUACAAGGAUCCAAAUCUCCUUGUGUCCAGGUGUUCAUCAUGACUUCUGGGUGGCUCGUCAUAUACGAAAUACAUGUUUAGCAUAGCACCCAGAUCUUGAUAGUAUCUAAAAGUAUUUAAUGGACAUAUACAUUAUAUGAAAAACAUUUCAAACUGCAUAAGAUAUAAACUUGUCAAUAAUACAUUCAUAUCAUUUAUUUUUGUAGCUCUGAUCACAUAUGAGAAGCAUCGACAUCUUGCGUGUGGGUUUUUCUUUUUGGUUCAAUUGUGCAAAAAGAUGUUCUAGUCUCAUAAAGUGAGAUUUGUUCAAACACAGAGUCAUGCACAAAGUUAAAAAUUUUUCACCUGCUAAUAAAGCAGAAUGUGUGAAGUGAGAGUUUCUUUUUUUUUUCUUUGUAUAUUGUUGAUAAGAACUGAUUUAUAAUAUCAUGAUGUUAAUAUGUAAGCAUAUCUGUAGGGUUUUUCCCUUUCAGUCAGUCGUCCCUUGACUGGCACCUGUCGUUUGGGGAAUCACUUGGAUAGAUAUGGCAGCUGACGGGGCCACUCUUCCCUAUUUUGGGUGAUAGUCAGCAGGUCCUGUACAGGACGACCAGCCCAGUCUUUAACAUUUGUAAGUCAGUUCUUCCUCCGACCACUUCGGCGUUGACUUCUCUCCAAGGUGCCUUGAAGGAUAGUCUUCGACAAAGUGUGACCUGGCAUAGAUUUAUCUUUCAUUCGUUAUUUACUCCAAGAUAUCGGUACUCUUUUGUAGAGACAGACUGUAUGUUCUCAUGAGCACCUUUUGUUGUUGUUGCAUUUUACUGACUAUUAGGCACAGAUGGUACACUGGUUUGCAACCUGGGUUAAAAUUCUAUCAGUUAAAUAGAAAAAAGAGGACUUUGUUAAUCCAAACAUGUCUCUUCUCUCAUGAUCUAAAAUAACUAAUUUUUAAUAAUUUAUGCAGGAUAUGAAGUCGGUAUUGAAAAAUAUUCCUCUUUAGGAAUAAGGUUUGAAUCAUUAUAUUUGAACAAUUAUUCCCCAUCAUGAAAAGCGAGAAAGAGUAGGGGGGAGGGAAAUGUAACUCCAUUCUACUUGAAGCCCCCUAUGGAAGCAGCUAUGAUUGUCUUUCUUGCAACAUCUAACAGAAUUGAAAGUAUCAGUAUCAUUCACAGUUUAAAAAAAAAAAUCUAAUAUCGCAACAAAUUAAAAGGCAGAUUAAUGCCUAGAAAUUAGUUUUUUAAACUUGCUUCACCUCUUUCAAAUGGUUGCUGUAAACAGGUGUGUCUAGUGUUAUGGGUACAACCCAACACAGAUUUCCCGGUAAUAAUCGAAGACCUGUUUUAGCCUUUCCAACAGCUUCCUACAUAUUUUCAAAGAUUUUUGAGUAGGCAACAGCAGCAGAUUCGUAGAGAGGAGUGUUUGACAUAAAAAUGUCAAUAGUAGGUCAAUGGUGGAAACGCCUCCCAUGACAAAACAACAUGUUCUAAAGGCCUUUGAAACUUUUUUCUUCCUUUUUUUUCCUUUCAAUUUUUUUUGCAAAGACUUUCUGCCUUUUGCUGCAGCCAUUCUGAUGGAACAUUUCUUAGCUGCACAUAUGGAUUUCUUGAAAAUGCUAGAUUCUUCUGUCUUUUUUUCAGGGCUUGUUGCUUUUUUUAUCUGGAUUUUUUUUGUUAAGCUUGGUGAAGAGAACUCAGCCACUUGCAGUUGUUUUAUGUCAAACAACAGCUAUGUUAGGCAUGGGGCCAGUUUUUUGUGUUUGUUUUUUUUUGGGGGGGGUUUUAUUGCACCUUUUAAAAUGAAGUUUUGCUACUAUUGUACUUCCUUUCCUGCUGUCUUGUAUCAUUUUUGCUGCUCACAUAUGCAGAAUGUGGCAACAUUAAUAGCAUGUUUCCAAAGAAGCCUAAACAAACAGCUGAAUCAACAAUGCUUUAAUAAUAUCUCAAUGUCAGUAUUUGACAAAGAUAUAAUAGUGGGGAAAGGCAUUUCCACUCACCAUCAUCAUAACACAGAGGAAGAUAUAAGUAAUAGCAUAUUUUAUGUUGAAAACACCAUGUCUGUGAAUGCAUAGAAAAAACUGAAUUAUAUCAACUCCAUGCAAAUCAUUUGAUAGAGAUAGUAUCUGAAUUGUUGGAUUUUUCAAAAUUUUUGCAUGUACAUAAUCAAUAUCUGUUGUUAUUUGAAUUUCUGUUGUAUGUGCAAGGUAUGUGCUUGAAACUACUAAGGUUGGCUAGUUGUUUUGUGACUGCAAUUGCUGAGAAGAAAAUGAAUCUUUGCAAGAAAUAUGCAGUGUGCGGAGGUGAGAGGCAUCAUGAAGGCAAGAUGAAAGCUGGAAGGAAGAGAUAAGAGAAACUAGAGGCCACUGAAUGAAAUAAAAGAGUAUUUUAUCUA